AAGAUAGUAGGACUCGAUAGCCGUGGGACCAUUUUUUCUCCAAUUCGCGCUCGCUCGCUCUUUUUUGGCAUAGUUGUUAUGGCAAACCCCGAGUUGCUCGAGCCGCUCUCCCCGCUGAAAGUGGGGCGCCCCCCAGCAGUUAAAGCUGGAGGUAUGAGAGUUGCCAAGAAGCUAGAAAAUGCACCGGUUGAAAGAAGUUCCAAAACCCCUGGGAAAGAGAAAACAAGCUCUGUUAAUAUUGUAAAGACGCAAAGCAUGAGCAUCUUGCUAGCAGAUACGCUAGAGAAACUUGGGCAUCAGUUUCCAGCAGCAGCCUCACAAGCAGCACAUCAAAAGCCACAGCCCACUCUGGAGAAGAUAAUACUGCCCAAAAGAAUGUGCAUUAUUCAGCAGCCUCGGAAAUGUUAAAAGAUGUAGAGUAAAAUAUUCAUAUAUUUGACAGACUUGCUCUUAACAAAACAGCACUUAGCUAAGCAAGCAGUAAAUGGAUCAAAUAGCUCUGGCAGUUUCUACUUUAUAUGUUUCUUGCAAUAAAAACUUGUAUAUUCAA